AUGCUCCUUCAAGACUGCCACUCACGGAUUCGCAAAUACCGUCAGAGGAUUGACCUGGAGAAAGCAAGGCGCUGCGAGUUCAUGGGCGAGGACGGCACAAAACUGCAUCAACAGAGGUUGGCCGAACUAACACGCGAACAGAAAGCAACAGUCGAAGCAGCCAUAGAGAGCAAAUUUCGUAAGCUGCCUGCUCCAAUGUCAUCCAAGAACGACAAACUGGUGCAAAACUUGUCGCUAAAGGAACUGACGGAGAAAGAAAUGCAAGUAUUACGGCACGAGGCCUCAUUCAACACAGCCGAUGCCAAGCCUGCCAGUACGGUCGCAGCAGUGGAAUCCAUCCUCAGUCAGACGGGAGAGACAGACAAAACGAAGAACCUCAUUCGACACCAGGUGUCCUCCCUCCUCAUGGCUCAUAGACCGCGCGACGUGCUUUCCAAGGUAGAGCGCGAUGCACUUAAGGAACUCAGGGCCGAGAACGACCAAGUUAUCGUGCCUGCGGUCAACGGGCGUCCAACGGUCGUAUUAGACGGCACAGAGUACAGUCAAAAGGUCAAAAGCUUGUUUGAGGAUUGUCAGUCCUAUGUCUCAUGCGAAUAA